CGCUCGCAACCCAAUCCCCUGGAAUGCAUUCACAUGUAGAGCGCCAUGGCUGCUGCUGCUGACCCGUUGCCGCCGCCCCCUGCCGCUGAAGAGGAGGAGGAGGAGGAGCAGCAGCAGGAAGAGGGCGCUCCUUACAGUCCAGCCCUGACCGUGGAGUCGGACAUCGACUACGCCGCGGCCGAUGUUCAAGAGAUUGCGGCGCUGUCGCCGCCCCCGUCGCCUGAGCCACCCGAUGACUCCACUACCAUCGCGUUCAGCAUGCCCACGCCGGCGGUGGUGGAGGACAGGUCCAGGAAGAAGAGCCUCGAGGAGAGUGGCGAAGAGUUGCUUGCCCCGCCCUGGAGCCGCAGCCGCUGCAUCAACAGGGCAAGCUCCAGGCAACCCACAAGCCCAGGCCCGAGCGGGCCUCGGCUUGAGAGUUAUCCUUCUUUCCUCAACUCGAGGUGCGUACGCACACAUGUCUUGUAUCAACUGUGGCUUGAGCUACAUUACCUUUGCAGGCGAUCGGUCGACAUGAGCACUUGCUCCUCCCCAAACGUGUUUAGAACGCUCCAGAAAAGCCCGAGUAGGAGAGCGAAUCUUGAGGAGACGUAUCCGGCACUGGAUCCCAAGGUUCCACUCUCAACAUCCCCCUCGUUGUUGACACCAUCAAGGAGCUGGACGAGCUCAGGAGGACAUGCGAGAAGAAAGGCCACUAUCUGGAAGCUAAUGCUGCGGUCGCAAAGCUGCAAAAGCUUAAGAUGGUCGAAGACGAGAAACGGCGGGCGACAAUGCUUGACAGGCACCUGCGGGAACGGGAGAUGGCCAAGAAGGCGUACGUAAGAGAGCUCGAAGAAAGGAACCGGCUCUGGGACGACAAGCUUAAAAACUUCCACCGUGAGGUGAUGGAACAUGCUGGCCAGCUGAAGCGCCAACACACGGCUGCAUUGCAAGCUUUGAGGACCAAACUGAAUGCCAAGACG